AUGGAUAUAGGUCUGUUAGAUGGUAUAAUCAAUGUUUUAACACAAAUUUACACAGAAUUUUUGGGUUCAAGAAUCAAUAGGAGCAAUGAAGAAGAUUUUAUUGAAAGAAAUCAAUACUGUACUGAUAAUGAAAUUAGUGUUUCAUCUUAUAGUCCAGGAAUCCGUUCAAAUUCAGAUCCAUUCGUAGUAAUAUCCAACAAACCAACAAACUCAUCUAAUUCAACAGAUUUUAGUGCUCAACAAGAUUCAUCUGCAGAUCCAUUUGCAUCACCAUUCAACACUCAUGAAGAUACAUUUACAGCAUCAUCCAACACUCAUGAAGAUCCAUUUGCAUCAUCAUCCAAUGCUCGAGAAGAUCCAUUUGCAUCAUCAUCCAACACUCGUGAAGAUCCAUUUGCAUCAUCAUCCAACAUUCAACAAAAACCAUUCAGACGUGAUCCGUUUGCAGCACCUUCUAAUAAACCAAAAGACUCAUCUAAACCAACUGAAUUUAGUACUCAACAAGACCCAUUUGCUGAUCCAUUUAGACCCUCAUUUAACAAACCAACAAACUCACCUAAUUCAUCAGCUUCUAACACUCAACAACAUCCAUUAAGACGUAAUCCGUACGAUACACCAUCGAACCAUCUAACAAACUCAUCUAAUUCAAAUGAUUACGGAUCUAGUCUCUUUUUAGAAUUUUAA